GGAGCUUGCAGCAUCGCAAGCCGCCGUCGAGCGCAAAUGAGGUGCGUCUUUGUGUAUCUUGGUGCAGGUAUAAUCGAAAAAGGUGCGCUUUUAUGGCAAACCGGGUGCACCAAAUCGGAUUCGAGCCCGAUCCCAUCUGGUCAGUUCGUAUCGGCCAGCGCUUGUGAAGCCAUUUCCGCAUUCGACCGACCGCAGCAGCAUGACCAUGGUGAACGACGCCGACACGACGUGCAAGUACACGUACAAGCCGUGCAUGAACCCGCGCUCGACCAAGCGUAAUGGAAAGCCGCACCUCCUUUGCGAGUUUCACCGCGCCAAGGCCAACGCGAUCCAAAAAGCGUACGCGACCAAGAAGCGGCUCCACAAGCAGGCGCAGCAGGCGCAAGCGACGAGUCCGACGGCGUCCGACGAGUUUUGGGCGUCCAUGAACCUCGACGACGCGCAGUGGUCGCUGCCAAUGGACCUGACGACGCUCGACGACGACGAGGUGCCACUCACGGCCGAGGACUGCGCGAUGAUCGCCAACCUCUUCUUCCAGGAGCACACAAUUAUCGAGCUGUGAUUCCGCGCCCAUAUUAACUUAAAGUUUAUCCUACGAAAUACACACAUAUAUACACGUAGAA